AUGGAGACUUACCUUUGCUGCUUCCCCAUUGGCGAUCAAGGUCAGGUUGCGUAUGAAAUUGACAAGAGACGAGGCCGAUGUACCAAUAUUUGUGUAUCGCCUGAUAGUGAUACUGAGGAUGACGAUGUUGAUCAUCUGGCGAUUGAGUUGGCUCAGAAGGCUACGAUUGCAGCGCAGAGGGCGGAUACAUAUGCGGAUAUCAAUGAAGAUGCGAAGGAAAUUGUCACCAUCGAUCCAGGGCACGGCAUUGAGCCGUUUGAACAAAAGAGAAUUUUUGAACCAAUAGGCGACUGUGUUAACGGGGAUACAAGAGCGGUGGAGAGAUACCUGGAGACUUCUAGUGAGGCCCAGCUGUUCAUUCGAGGGCGAGACUACGAUGGCAAAACAACUCUCAUCAGCGCUGCAGCUGAGCCGAGCUCGGAGAUGGUGUCGCUUCUUAUUAAACACGGGGCUGAGGUCAAUGCUGUUGACAAGCGCGGAAGGAGUGCCCUUAUGGAGGCAGCACUCUUUGGUCGGGCCGAAAAUGCAAAGGUUCUCUUGCAAAACGGUGCAGACAAAAACACUCGGGAUAGCGAUAACAGAAUGGCUAUUGAUUUCGCUCGAGACCAUUACAAGAAUCGAAGAGAGAGAUACGAGCGCACCGGAGGCAACCUGAUAUCUUCAUCCAAUCGACUGCCAGGCCGUCACGAAGACACAUUCAAAAGGGACAUUGAUCGUCAGGAUAUCGUACGGCUUUUCAGCGGAGAGAACCGAAAAUCAAAGAUUGUUUUUGGGAGCCCUCCCACGUUAUCAGGGUCUAAGUCCUACUCUUUCACACCCUCUCCGAGGCAGGACUCGCUAGUAUUACACGGCCCGAUAGAAGAGUAUCCAAUCAGCAGCAGCUAUAAGACGGUGGCGCGGUUGGAACGAGGCGGAAAAUUCCCAUCCAUUGGCGCUAUGAGCGGAUGGGCACAUGGUUCGGUGCAGUCCCUCAGGGUUGAUGGCCGACAGUGGACGGAUGAUGUCUUUUACAUCUCGAAUGUAGCGGGCCAUGCCUUAGCUUCUCACAGCUGUGAUCAGGGUAAGGACGGACGAUACAAUGCAUGUCACGCCGAAAAGCAGUUGAUAGCAUACUUCAUCGAUCGCCAUGUUUUCCUUCCACGCGACGCUGACCCGGACUCGGAACUGGAAAAAAGGAUCGAAUGUAUAGAGGAUGAGCUUCAGGAAUUCCUGUCUGGCACUGAAAUAGGCCGCAAGGUGGCGUCCCUGAGAAAGAGAAAGGAGGAUCUAAAACAUCAGAUAUUUGAUGGGGACGAAAAGCUCGUCGGCAAGCAUGAUGAGAUCAAGGCACUAAAUUUGGAGCUCAAAUCUGUUGAAACAGCCCUAAAUCUGCUAAUCGCUGACUCCCAAGCACGACCACUCUUAAAGCUAGAAAGCCAACUAAAGGUUCUGAAUAAGCGACUAGACAGACAUGCUGACCUGACUGAGAUGGCUAGUGCGCCACCACCGGCUUCAUUGGUCGAGGCGGUCAUAUUGAUCAGCUCACGUCCUUGUCAAGACUGCAUUGUGUUCACGGACAAAGUCAAUAAACGCUUUGGGCUAUCCAUACAGUUAUUCGCGGCACUUUGA